AGUUCAGGUGACCAAUCAAGAAUGCCACUUUGUGCCCGUGGGGAGGCACCGAGCUCCGUCGUUGCGUUUCCGGCGGUCGCGCGCUCUUUUCUUGGGACGGUAGAGGCCGUGUAGCGUCGCCGUUACUUUGAGGAGCGAACAGUCGGUAGAGGGGUACAAAAUAUGCAGAGCAAUAAAACCUUUAACUUGGAGAAACAAAACCAUGCUCCAAGAAAGCAUCAUCAGCAUCACCACCAGCAGCACCACCAGCAACAGCAGCAGCCACCGCCGUCAGCAGUACCUGCAAAUGGCCAACAAGCCAGCAGCCAAAAUGAAGGCUUGACUAUUGACCUGAAGAAUUUUAGGAAACCAGGAGAGAAGACCUUCACCCAACGUAGCCGGCUCUUUGUGGGCAAUCUUCCUCCUGACAUCACUGAGGAGGAAAUGAGGAAAUUAUUUGAGAAAUAUGGAAAGGCAGGCGAAGUCUUCAUUCAUAAGGAUAAGGGCUUUGGCUUUAUCCGCUUGGAAACACGAACCCUAGCAGAGAUUGCUAAAGUAGAGCUGGACAACAUGCCACUCCGUGGAAAGCAGCUGCGUGUGCGCUUUGCCUGCCAUAGUGCAUCUCUUACAGUCCGAAACCUGCCUCAGUAUGUGUCCAACGAACUGCUGGAGGAAGCUUUUUCUGUGUUCGGCCAGGUGGAGAGGGCCGUAGUCAUUGUGGAUGACCGAGGAAGGCCCUCAGGAAAAGGCAUUGUUGAAUUCUCAGGGAAGCCAGCUGCUCGGAAAGCUCUGGACAGAUGCAGUGAAGGUUCCUUCCUGCUAACCACAUUUCCUCGACCUGUGACUGUGGAGCCCAUGGACCAGUUAGAUGAUGAAGAAGGACUUCCAGAGAAGCUGGUUAUAAAAAACCAGCAAUUUCACAAGGAGAGGGAGCAGCCACCUAGAUUUGCACAGCCUGGCUCCUUUGAGUAUGAAUAUGCCAUGCGCUGGAAGGCACUCAUUGAGAUGGAGAAACAGCAGCAGGACCAAGUGGACCGCAACAUCAAGGAAGCUCGUGAGAAGCUGGAGAUGGAGAUGGAGGCUGCUCGCCAUGAGCACCAGGUCAUGCUAAUGAGGCAGGAUUUGAUGAGGCGUCAAGAAGAACUUAGGAGGAUGGAAGAGCUGCACAACCAAGAAGUGCAAAAACGAAAGCAACUGGAGCUCAGGCAGGAGGAAGAGCGCAGGCGCCGUGAGGAAGAGAUGAGGCGACAGCAGGAAGAAAUGAUGCGGCGACAGCAGGAAGGAUUCAAGGGAACCUUCCCUGAUGCGUGUUUUUUUAUUUUUCAGAGAGAGCAGGAGAUACGGAUGGGCCAGAUGGCUAUGGGAGGUGCUAUGGGCAUAAACAACAGAGGUGCCAUGCCCCCUGCUCCUGUGCCUGCUGGUACCCCAGCUCCUCCAGGACCUGCCACUAUGAUGCCAGAUGGAACCUUGGGAUUGACCCCACCAACUACCGAACGCUUUGGCCAAGCUGCUGCAAUGGAAGGAAUAGGGGCAAUUGGUGGAACCCCUCCUGCAUUCAACCGUGCAGCUCCUGGAGCUGAUUUUGCUCCAAACAAACGUCGCCGAUACUAAUAAAAUUGCAGUGUCUAGAUUCCCAAAACCCUUAAGAGAAGGACCCUUUUUGGACUAGCCAGAAUUCUACCCUGGAAAAGUGUUAGGGAUUUCUCCCAAUAGUUAGAUCUUCCCUGCCUGUACUACUCUAGGGAGUAUACUGGAGACAGAGGUCAAGGGAGGGGUGAUAUUUAAAACAUUUCUGUGUGGUAUAUUGUUGAAUCAUGUCUGUGUGGUGCAUUCUUGAAGUCUCAAUUAUUGAAGGCCAGGGGUGGGGAGCAAUGGCAAAGUGGAUCCCGUUAGAGCCCCCAUGAAUCUUGAUCAUUCCAUUCUGUUUAUCCUGUUCUAUUUGAAUUCUCAUUCUUAAAUUUCCUGACCCCGGAGACACUGCCACAUGUACCACAAAAACCACAAACAUCCUCCAUUACUUUAUUCACUCCCAGGUGGGAAUUCAGGCAAAUGUCUGCAGAGGUCACAGAUAACAUAACAUACAUACGGUUCUGUUAUACCCCAUAUAUUAUCUCUUCAUACCCUAAGGAAUACAUUUUUCUCUUAGAGAUUUUCAUUUUAGUGUAUCUUUUAAAAAAAAAGAAAAAUCUUGUGUUGCCUCCAUCUUUUUCUUGGGUAAGGACAACCCAGGAAUGGCCCUUUUGUGUCCGAUAUUGCUGUUCACAGCUUUUCUUGAUAGGCCUAAUAACCUUGGAACAGGGUUGCUGUAUGAAUGUCCAGCAGUAGCUCUUAGCAUUGCCUAUCUUAAGUAGUUAUGCUAUGCUUUAUUUUUUAUUGGUGUACCAUGUUUGAUUUGUUCCUGAUCCCUUCGGAGUUUUUUUCUGAAAAUGAAGCAGUAAUGCAGCAUCAACUUAUUAAAAUACAUUUUAAUCCUU